CCCAUCUUCGCCUGCGGCGAUCUUACUGGCCAAGGUUGCGGAUGCCUUUACAGUGCCUUCUAACUGCAUGGGAUCAAGCCUCAAGUUUUACACUCAGUAAAUUUAACCUUUUGAAGACAUUUCUCGCCGCAGGCAAGCCGCUUACCAAAUCAGGUCAGGCCCCCGACACCUGAAUUUCCCUUACCGCCCGCGGAAGCGGUCAGCCAUCUUUUGUGUGGCAAUUCUUCUGGUUCUUCUUACUUAGUCCAUCCUUUUGCAAAACUACUUAAUGUCACCCACAUUCUUUCACAGGCCUCUAUUCGGGGGAGGAAGAAAACUUUGGUGGUUUAUAGUAUCUGCCCCUGCUAUCGGAGCAGUCCGCCCGAGGCGCCGGGGGACUUCCGGUUUCCCGGCAGGCUCCAGCUGGGCCGAACUUCCGGUCCCGGGAGGCAGGCGUGGAGAGCUCCUUCCGCUCUCUUCCGCGGUGUUCUCGAGCGCCGUAGCCAUGUCUUACCCCGCUGAUGACUAUGAGUCUGAGGCUGCUUACGAUCCCUAUGCGUACCCAGGCGACUAUGAUAUGCACACAGGAGAUCCAAAGCAGGACCUUGCUUAUGAACGCCAGUAUGAACAGCAGACCUAUCAGGUGAUUCCCGAAGUGAUCAAAAACUUCAUCCAGUAUUUUCACAAAACCGUCUCCGAUUUGAUUGACCAGAAGGUGUAUGAGCUUCAGGCCAGUCGUGUCUCCAGCGAUGUCAUAGACCAGAAGGUAUAUGAGAUCCAGGACAUCUAUGAGAACAGCUGGACCAAGUUGACUGAAAGAUUCUUCAAGAAUACACCUUGGCCUGAGGCUGAAGCCAUUGCUCCACAGGUUGGCAACGAUGCUGUAUUCCUGAUUUUAUACAAAGAAUUAUACUACAGGCAUAUAUAUGCCAAAGUCAGUGGCGGACCCUCCUUAGAACAGAGGUUUGAAUCCUAUUAUAACUACUGCAAUCUCUUCAACUACAUCCUUAAUGCUGACGGGCCUGCUCCCCUUGAACUACCCAAUCAGUGGCUUUGGGACAUCAUUGAUGAAUUCAUCUACCAGUUCCAAUCAUUUAGUCAGUACCGCUGCAAGACUGCCAAGAAGUCAGAGGAGGAGAUUGACUUCCUUCGUUCCAAUCCCAAAAUUUGGAAUGUUCAUAGUGUGCUCAAUGUCCUUCAUUCCCUGGUGGACAAAUCCAACAUCAACCGGCAGCUGGAGGUGUACACAAGUGGAGGUGACCCCGAAAGUGUGGCUGGGGAGUAUGGCCGGCACUCCCUCUACAAAAUGCUUGGCUACUUCAGCCUGGUGGGGCUUCUGCGCCUGCACUCCCUGUUGGGGGAUUACUACCAGGCUAUCAAGGUGCUGGAGAACAUUGAACUGAACAAGAAGAGCAUGUAUUCCCGUGUGCCAGAGUGCCAGGUCACUACAUACUACUAUGUUGGUUUUGCAUAUUUGAUGAUGCGUCGCUACCAGGAUGCUAUCCGAGUCUUUGCCAACAUCCUCCUGUACAUCCAGAGGACCAAAAGCAUGUUCCAGAGGACCACAUACAAGUAUGAGAUGAUUAACAAGCAGAAUGAGCAGAUGCAUGCACUGCUGGCCAUCGCCCUCACCAUGUAUCCCAUGCGGAUUGACGAGAGCAUCCACCUCCAGCUGCGGGAGAAAUACGGGGACAAGAUGCUGCGCAUGCAGAAGGGUGACCCACAGGUCUAUGAAGAACUUUUCAGCUAUUCCUGCCCCAAGUUCCUGUCACCUGUCGUGCCCAACUAUGACAAUGUGCACCCCAACUACCACAAAGAGCCCUUCCUGCAGCAGCUGAAGGUGUUUUCUGACGAAGUUCAGCAGCAGGCCCAGCUUUCUACCAUCCGCAGCUUCCUCAAGCUCUACACCACCAUGCCUGUGGCCAAGCUGGCCGGCUUCCUGGAUCUCACUGAGCAAGAGUUCCGCAUCCAGCUUCUUGUCUUCAAACACAAGAUGAAGAACCUGGUAUGGACCAGCGGCAUCUCUGCCCUCGAUGGUGAAUUCCAGUCAGCCUCCGAAGUUGACUUCUACAUCGAUAAGGACAUGAUUCACAUUGCAGACACCAAGGUUGCCAGGCGCUAUGGGGAUUUCUUUAUCCGUCAGAUCCACAAAUUUGAAGAGCUUAAUAGAACCCUGAAGAAGAUGGGACAGAGACCCUGAAGGCAUUCAUAAUCACAGUAGUCAGGAACCCGUUUUGACAUUGUAGGUGGGAAGUGUUUUUGUCACCGUGAAGCCUUUACUCAAGUCAGCCAUUGGCUGAGUUGGAAUUCAUUUAAAUUAAGGACUGAAAUGUUUUGAGUAGAUUUCAGUAAAGGAUCUUUGGAGCCAGA